AACAAGCAGCAAAAUGGUGAUCUCAAGUCUUCGCAAUUCACUAAAACUCAUCAAACUACCCCAAUUUGUGGCAUCGAUUCGGGAAAAGAGCACAACAGCCAGUGAAUUGAGCUACUUCCACAACAACGGAUCGCAGCCACUGAUUUACCGAACGAUAGGUCAAGAAUUGCGCAGAGUGGCAAGUGAAUAUGGGGAUCUUGAGGCGAUUGUUGCGCCUGAGGAGCAGAAGAGACUGACUUUCGACCAAAUCAGGACCGAAGCUGACAAUUUGGCAGCUGGAUUCAUUGACUUGGGCCUUCAGAGAGGCGAUCGUGUGGCACUUUUGGCUCCGAAUGUAAUCUCUUGGCCGAUAAUCUUCUUCGCAGCUGCCAGAGCUGGAUUGAUUCUUGUCGCUCUGAAUCCAGCUUUUGAGCCAUCUGAGUUGGAGUAUUGCCUGCAAAAGGUCGGCGUGAAAGCUCUGGUAACGAGUGAAAUCUUCCGAAAUCGACCUUUCUACGAAAUCUUACAGCAGAUUCUUCCAGAACUACAAGAGUCAUCUUUCGGAAAGCUGUCCUGCGAGAAAAUUCCCUCACUUACCCACGUUAUCAUGGACACGAGGUGUGAUUUGAGAGGUGUGCUCAAACUGAGUGAUGUUGCAUCGAGAGCUUCAACAGAUCGAGUCGAAAAGAUUGAGAGUAUUCAGAACACCAUCAGUCCGGACAGUGGUUGCAGUAUUCUGUUCUCUUCAGGCACAACUGGUAGGCCUAAAGCGGCUCUCCUGAAGCACCUAGCUUUCAUCAACAAUGGCGCCAAAGUGGGAAGAAACAUGAAGGUGUUUAAGAAGAGGAUUUGUGUUCCAACGCCAUUCUUCCACGUUUACGGUGCCAUAACAUCGAUCACACUGGGUCUAAUGAACCAAGCAACUAUAGUUCUUCCAUCGCCAGUCUACAACGUUGAGAAAACCUUAUUGACAAUCAGAGAUCACAACUGUUCUGUUAUCUACGGCACACCGACGAUGCAUAUUGACUUGGUGCGGAAGCAGAGAGAGAUGAAAUUGGAUGUCAAAGUCGAUUUAGCGCUCGUCGGUGGUGCUUUAUGUCCACCCCAGGUCAUGGAAGAUCUCACAAAUGUACUGGGCGUCAAAGUGACGAGGAAUGUUUAUGGAACAACAGAAAACUCCUCUGUCAGCUUCGGCAAGUAUAAGGACGGCGAAGUGCUGGAUGAUAAGGAGUCAGUUGGGCAAGUUCAUGACCACGUGGAGGCAAAAGUCGUCGAUCAGGAGGGCAACAUGGUGCCAUUUGGUGAUCCUGGAGAGCUCUGUGUUCGUGGCUACUUCACCAUGAUUCGCUACUGGGGCGAUGAGGAAAAGACGAAGGAGAUUCUAGGUCACGACGGAUGGCUCAAGACCGGCGAUCAGUUCAUCCUGCAGCCAAAUGGAUACGGAAAAGUUGUCGGCAGACUCAAGGACAUGAUUAUUCGGGGUGGAGAGAAUGUCUUCCCCAAGGAGAUCGAGAACCUCUUGGCAACUUCCCCAAAGAUCGCUGAGGUUUACAUCGUCGGCGUGCCCGAUGAGCGACUUGGCGAGGAGCUUUGCGCUUUCGUUAAACUCCGUGAUGGGAAUCUGAGCUACACAAUUGAUGAACUUAAGGAGUUUUGUCGCGGAAAGAUUGCGUACUUCAAGAUUCCUCGAUACUUGAGGAUCAUCGAGGAAUUUCCCAAAACUGUGUCGGGAAAGAUACAAAAAUUCAAGCUUCAGGAGCAGUUUAAAGUUGAUUGUAGUGGGAAAUAGGUAAAAAGGAAUAAAUUGACUGAGAUUUAAUAUGAUUCCAAAGGGAAAUUCAUUGAAAAGUGUUUUGAAGUCAAAGAAUCAUAAAAUUCUCUUCGUUCUGAUUGAUAAAUAUAAGAUGAAUUAGCAAUUAAAUUUCUCAAUGGAACAAAUAAACAGAAGUUUGUUCAUAAUUUAGUGGGUUAAAAGUUCCGAAAGUGACUUUGAAAA